AGGAAGAAAAAGAGGAAGAGGCAUCCCGUCAUGCACGCAUCCAUCCAUGACUGAACCAAAGCUCCAGUAACAUCUUUGCCUGCUCACCCAGAUCUCCAACCUUUCCGCGAAAACUUAUCUGUCGGAGGAGCGACACGAUGCGGCGGCUGGGCUCCGUUCAGCACAAGAUACCGUGUGUGUUUGUGACCGACGUGAGGGAAGAACAGUCCAGAAAACGGGACUGUCAGCAAUUUCAGGUUGUUGCCACUGAAAAUGUGAAUCCUGUCGCUCUGGAUGCUAACAUAGAUUGUGCACUUGCCACAGAAAAGCUGGAUGGUACCUGCUGUUAUGUGACAGUUUAUAAAGGGCAGCCUUACCUCUGGGCUCGCCUCGACAGGAAACCCACCAAGCAGGCGGAGAAGAGGUUUAAAAAGUACCAACAUUCCCACAAGAGCUGUAAAGGUUUCACGUGGAAUGUAGAGGAAGAUUUCAAAACCGUGCCGGAGACGUGGAUCCCAGCUCACAGAGUCAAACACUACAACGGCCAUCCGGUGCCUGAUGACCACGGACAUAUUCCAGGGUGGGUUCCAGUGGAGAAGGACAACAAGCAGUACUGCUGGCACUCCUCUGUGGUGGACUACGGUGUCGGGGCAGCUCUUGUUCUCAGGCCCAGCUCUGACGAUGAAGACGGGUUAGAAGUCGCUGCUGUCCCAUUGGCUGACCUCCAGGAACAAACACUGGAGCUCAUUGGAACCAACGUCAAUGGAAACCCUUAUGGCAUGGGGAGUAAGAAGCAGCCCGUCCACUGCCUGGUGUCACACGGGAGCAUUCGAAUCAGAAACCCCCCACCCGUGGACUUUCAUCAGCUGUGCUCCUGGUUCCAAGAGAGUCCAGAGGGCCGAGUCGAGGGCAUCGUCUGGCACUGCAACGAUGGCACCCUCAUUAAGGUUCAUCGUCACCACCUGGGACUCAGGUGGCCGGAUGGGGACACCUGCUUUGGUACUAGGCCGGUGCUCAUUCGAGUUGAUGGGCUAGUCGAUGCUUACAACAACAGCAAGGACUUGUUCACAUCCUUUUUGUCACUAAACGGACAUUGCUUCAGCCGGCUUCAGGACGUCCACUUGGAACCGUAAACGCAGGCGUUCCACUUCCUGAAGCUUUAACCCUGUAAGGAUCUGUCACUGUGCCGACAGAUACUUUCACCAGUAAUUCCAGACAAGUGAUUCAACAUUCGCCGUUUGUAGCAUUUAAUUUAUUCCAUGGAAAUCAAUGAUGCAGAAUGACUGCUUUUUAAAAACACAAAUAGCUGAAAGUCUUAACCAGAGCGGUUUACGAGGUGUGAAAACACAUCGUUUGGCAGCACAGAGGAACAGUGGAGUGUAUUAGAGCCUGAAGAUACUUUGCCACUUGUUUUGCAGAAUUGUGUACAGCUUUAAUGUAAAACUGACCAAGUGGACGUGUUUAGCACCUUAAGUUGUUAAAAACGUUCAAUUUCUAUACUGUAAAUACUGAAUGUAAACUGUUUCAUUGCUGAGUGAAGAAUAAAUGAUGAGGAUGUAAA